GAAACUACUGAGGGAAAUGUAGAGCAAGAGGAGAAAUGCGGGAAGAGAAGGGGGUGGAGAGCAAGGGCGAAACUAGAUUUACUAUUGCCUACCCAUUGGUCAGCUUCAGAUCCGCAUCAUUAUUGGUUGAACACAUCCAUGUUCCUUUUUUUAAGCCAAUCACGAAUGACACUAUCAGUCACACAGACAGGAUAAAAGGAGAGACAGCAGGUCGUCAAUACGUGCCUAGUGUUCAUUUUGUUGUUUGUCUUGUUGCGCCCUGUUGCUAGGAAGCAAGCUACGAUGUCAGGUCGGGGAAAACAAGGCGGCAAAGUGCGGGCUAAGGCGAAGUCUCGCUCUUCACGGGCUGGGCUACAGUUCCCCGUAGGCCGAGUGCAUCGCUUGCUCCGCAAAGGUAACUAUGCUGAGCGCGUGGGGGCAGGAGCCCCGGUCUAUAUGGCCGCCGUGCUGGAGUAUCUGCCCGCUGAGAUCCUCGAGUUAGCUGGGAACGCUGCUCGGGACAACAAGAAAACCAGGAUCAUCCCCCGUCACCUGCAGCUCGCCAUCCGUAACGACGAGGAGCUCAACAAACUGCUGGGGAAAGUCACGAUCGCUCAAGGCGGUGUUCUCCCCAACAUCCAGGCGGUGCUGCUGCCGAAGAAAACCGAGAGUCACAAGGCCAAGAGCAAAUAAAACCUGAGCCAAGUAGACGAAGCUUCAGAACUAACCCAAAGGCUCUUUUCAGAGCCACACACUAACUCGUGAAAAGAGCCGACAAUCCCUAAAAUACUGAGCAGUUCUGUUCUUUAGAAAAUUUCCCUCCCUCCUUCCCCGUUAGUAGGCGUCAUAUCAAACAUUUUAGCAUUUACAAGUGACUCUUUCGCUUCCACCAUUACUGUUCUUAAUAAAAGUCCCUUUUGUGGGAGGGGAAAGCGGGCGCCAAGCGUUUGUUCUUCCAGGUUCUAUAAAUGUCUACAGG